GACAGAAACACAGGACGAAAACGCGAAUUUGGUCUUUGGUUGUGAACACAAAGCCUUUAGUUUUCGAGUUUUGGGGACUGAUUGUUAUUGUAAGGAAGAGAGUUGUGACAAAAUAUUUAAUUAAUUUUUAAAAGCAACAACGAAUACAUUGCUUCGAAAAUGGAAUUUGAUUUCAAUGUUAAAAAAUUUGUGCGCGAGGCAGGAACGGCCCUUAGCAGGGUUGUACAGCUUACAGAAGAAAAACUAGGUACGUCGGAAAAAACAGAACUCGAUGCCCAUUUUGAAAAUCUUGCAGAAAGAUCUGACAUCACAAAGCAGUACACUGAGAAACUACUUCGAGAUACUGAGGCAGUUCUCACUCCAAACCCAGGUUACAGAGUGGAGGAUUUUCUUUUUGAAAAGAUUGAUAAGAAACGUCCCAAUCGGCUGAGUAACCUAGAAUACUUAGGGCAAGACAUGAUAGAAGCUGGCAAUGAAUUUGGCCCCGGAACAGCUUAUGGAAGCUCAUUGAUCAGAGUCGGUCAGACGGAGCAGCGGCUUGGUCAUGUAGAGAGAGACUUUAUCUCAUCGUCUCACCAUUGCUUUCUGCUGCCCCUCCGCAAGUUUCUGGACGGCGAAAUGAAAACUAUUAUCAAGGAGCGGAGCAUCCUGGAGAGCAAAAGACUGGAUUUGGACGCUUGCAAGAAUCGGGUCCGAAAGGCGAGAAGUAUGCUUGGCCAACCAACUGAAGGGCCAAGUCCAGAAUAUCUUCUUGAGGUGGCAGAGAGAGACUUGCGAGUGGCUCAGUCAGAGUUUGACAGACAGGCAGAGAUCACCAAGUUGCUGCUAGAGGGAGUGAGCAGCUCUCACACCAGACACCUCCGUUGUCUACAUGAGUUUGUGGAGGCUCAAGCCACGUAUUACGCUCAGUGUCACCAAGUCAUGGCAGAUCUGCAGAAGGAAAUUGCCAGUGAGCGGAAGCCGAGUCCCAUUGUCCGGAUUAACAGUGAGGAGACGGACUUUGGUGCGGCUUACAUUCCUGUCUCGCUCCAAACUGAUGCCAUGUCUGGAGGCAAGGUAAAUAGCAGCCCUGCCCAGUCUAGGGCAACCCCCGCCAACUCUGCCCCCACCAACGGGGGACUGAGGGCACGGGUGUUGUGUGACUACGAUGCUAAAGACAGCUCGGAACUUAGCCUCAUGACAGACGAGGUUAUAACCGUACACAAGAUUGAUGGAGAGACAGACUACAUGAUGGCUGAACGAGGCAACCAGAAAGGGCGAGUGCCGACUGCAUUUCUCGAUUUGAUCAACUGAUCCAUCCCCAAAUACCAGAGCAUCGACUUGAGUGGGCCGUGAAUACUGCGAAAGCGAAGAAGGCAACAAUGCUUGGUUAACCUUAAGCAUUUUGUAUCUAUUAGUUAAGAUUUAUUUUUACGUUCAGAUAAUUAUUUAUAUUUUAGUAUUUUAUUUGUUAUUUAUAAUUGUCUUCCUUGAUGUGUAAUAGUAUCUGUGUUCAAAACCCGUUUUAAUCUUUUAAACAAUACUGUUGUGUUAUUACUUAUUAAUUUAGUUAAAACUACUUUUAUACAGAUUUUUUAUGUGUUUUACAAGUGUGUUCCUUUAUGUUAAUCAUUAUAAUCGUGGGAAAAUAUUAGUUGGAAUUAAUUCACAUUAGUUUAGAUAUUGUUGAUUGCUAUUAAACUACUUCUAGAAACUGUAAUUAGGCUGAUGAGCAAGUUAGUAGAAACACUGUUUUUAAAAAAUCCCAAUAAUAAGCCUAAAUAUCUUAUCUAGUUUUCCCUGCCUAAAUGUAUCUGUAAACAUUUAGUCAACAAACAAACUGGAAUGUAAGGAUUACCAGCUUCAUUUCUUGAAGUUUUAGCUCAUUUCUCCAACACAUUGUUGGAUUCUAGCUCAUCAGUCGAAUCUUAUUACAGACUUAAACUAUUGGGCUACUAAAUGGCCUUUCGCAGCACGAAUCUUAUAUAUUAUAGAAUGCCACUUUGUUGAAUAACCUAGAGUUAAUAAUAAUACCUAGGAUUCUUCCUAAAGUUUUGUCGGCCUUAAAAGUGUAGACUAGGCCUAAUUUAUUUAUUUGUGUUUUUAUAGACAUAAUUACAACUUCACCUGGUUGAAAGUUUAGAGAAUAGUACGUACAGCGUGGGUUUUUUGGAUUCUCACCUGGAUCAACAUUGUGUGUUUUACCUAGUUGGGGCAGCGAAGCAAUUGAUCUUAUAGAAAGAUCAAAUUUAACAGCUAUCCAAGGGUAAUACAAUAAUACAGUAGAGUUGUGAUCUUAGUUUAAAUGCACCUCAUCAUCGUUAAAUAUAAAUAAUUAAACCAGUAUUCAUUUUACAAUUUAAAAUGGGUAACCUGCCUUUAAUCACUGUUAAAAAUUAAAGUUAAAUAGAUUAUUACCACCUAAACUGACUGUUAAAUUCAAAUGAUCUUCACACUCUUCCCUCCCUAAUGUUCAGCUUAACGAAUGCAUCCAAGUGAGGUUUCUUCAUAAAAAAAUAUCAUAAAUAAUGAGUUUUUAUAGAGUUUGAAAUAUGUUUUAGUAAUCAUGUGGUAUUUUUGAAUUAUUUCUUGAUCAGCAUUGUCCGUAUUAUUAAAUGAAUGGAAAGUAAAUAAAAAAUAUGUCUAAUAACAAUAACACUUGGAUUCGCCCCUACGAGGGUAGUCCUGUAAUCCAACUACUCAGAGGUCACAGAUUGUGGAUAUUUAUAGGCAUGAUCUGUGGAUGCCAUACUCCAUGGUGUGGAUUAACGUUCACACUAGUGAGUACUACGACUAUCCGUAGUACUAACCUGAUAAUUAGACCAAUUCGUAAAUUACAAGGCAAAAUGUGGUUCAGAUUCUACUAUAAACUGUUGGUCCCUUAGCUGCCAUUGGCUAUAUGGGCUAUUAAUCAACAUUCCUGUUUAAGGAACAUAUCAGCCUUAGUAACAAGACUACAAGAUCGUGCCACUCAUCUCCAUUCGUACUUGGCUUAAAAUACCUACCUUGGUAUGGUCGCCAUUUCAGAUAAAAGUAUUGGGUCUGAUGAUGAUUGGAGUGUUCAAUCUAAAUUGAUCACCUCUCACCAUCUUUCAUUUAUAUUUACCAUCUUAUGAUUUAAAAGUAUAGGUGUAGAUAUAAUACGUUUCAUGUGUUAUUAUACAUAUUUUUUAUUUACUUUCUGAGGUAUUUUCGCGAAACCAAUGUCACUUUAUGAACAAAGCAGAAAUACAUUCCAAGAAGAAAGAGUUUCAACUAUGUUGACAAUAUGUUAACUUUAGCGUUAAAAUAAAAAAAAAAUAGUGAUAGAUACCUAUAAAUUUAAACGUUGUCAUUAUUGACGUUACAUUGUUAAAACAGUUGUUAAACUUUGCCUUAGUUGUCAAUGUAAAUAGAUGUAUAUAGUUGUUAUGAAAUUCUGUAGUCAAUUAGAAAUAAUUAGUGUCAAUUUUAAAAAUUCUAAAGGUAAAACUUCUGCCAUUUUGUUUCAACCAGUUUUUUUUACAAUGUGUAACCUAACACGUUUUUUUAUUUUUAAUAUCUAGUUUAAUUUAUCUAGCCUUAUCAAGUUUAAUGUUUUACUUUUGCUUUUCCAGAAACUAAAUGAGAACGUAAUAAAAAAUGAAAGGGGAUGUGAUUAUUACAAAUAUUAACUCUUUUGAAAAUCAAUUAAAUUUAUAUUGGUUCUUUUUUCUUGCAUUAGGAAAGCUCUUGCAACACUUCAAGGUAUCCAUGUGAAAUACUCAAGCUUGUUUUCUUAGCUUUGAAAACUUUGCCUCAUAAGCUUUACCGCAUGUAAGCAAUAAUAAUUAUGAAUUAGCUGGUGUAUAAUAUUUCUCUGUAUUAUAUAACUGUGUUACGAGUGUUAAAUCACAAUAAAUAAAAGUAAUAUUUU